CUUCAAUUAGAAAAAUUGCAAUAUUUGGAGCUAAUUAAUUUUGAUAUUAAAAGUUUAAAGGGUUACCUAUCUAAAUGUUGUUCGCCUUUAUCUACCAUCAUUACGAAUUUUAUUGAAGAGACAAAUCUUUCAAUCUUUUUGGAUUUUUCAAAAGAGCGAAAUACCUUGAAGUGGGUUGGGUUUGAUUUUAUUCAUCCUCAUCCUGAAAAAUAUUUAGAAGUUUAUCGAAGAAUGAAUGAAACGGUAGAAGGUCAUUUUCAAAUUUUUCCUGCAAAGCAAGUGAGAAUUAGGGAAAAAUACUUUUAA